AGGCGGCAUGGUGCCCCCGUCGCCCGCAGCCGGCUCCGCCGAGGGGAGCUGGGAGGGCGGCGGCUCCGAGGAGCCACGGGCCGCCUGCGAGGAGGAGGAGGAGCGGGAGGACGCGGGCGAGCGCGCCGGGCUGCUGUCGCCGGACCAGUCUGCCCUCCUCGGCGAGCUCGCCCAGUUGGCCGGCGCCGUGGCGGCAGGCGAUCGGGCGGGUGCCCCGUGCGACUUCGACUCGUUCUACCUCUCCAGGCGGGCGGCGCAGGCGCGGUGCGUGCCGCAGCCCAAGGCCCUGGCCAUAGCUGGGUGGGCAUGGGUGGCCCAGUUCCGAGGGGCCUGCGAGGACGCUUGCGAGGAGCUCUCGGGGGCGCUGCGGCAGCUCGACCAGAUGGAGGGCCAGCGGCGGGCGGCGAUGGACAAGGUGUCCGCGCUCUGCGGGCAGGGCCUCGCAUCCGCGGUGGAGCUGGAGCGGCUGUCCGUCCACGCCAACCGGGUGUCGCAGCGCCUCGCCCGGGCGGACUGCGCGGCGGACAUUGCGGCCGCCCUGGACCAGGGCGCGGAGCUGCUGGCCUCGCUGCCGGACUUCAGCUCGGUGCUGGACCAGCUGGAGAGCUCGGCGGCGUUCGUGGAGGCGCACCACGAGUUCUGCGACGCCAAGGCGGGCCUGCAGCAGCUCGACCACCUCCGCAACAGGUCCUGUAUCCUGGUGCGCAGCGCGGUGCAGAGGAGCCUGGAGCGGGCUGAGGCGCAGGUGCAGCAGCAUAUCCAGGAGCUCCUGCACGACGACGAGGGGGCCUCUGUGCCCGUGCAGGUCUUUUACGCGCCCUUCCACGCCGCCGCGCCGGGGUGCAGGUCGCUGGCGGGACUCCUGCUCAAGCGGGCGCACGUCCACCCCACCUACGCGGCAGCCCUCGCGGAGCUCGAGGCGUUCUACGGCGGCCUCCGCAUCCGGCUCGUCGGGGACUCCGCGGCCUCGCACGUGCAGGCGCUACUCUCCGGCCAGGGCGGCGCGGCCCGCGGCCAGCUCGCCGCCGCCGUGCGCCAGGCCGCCGCCUACGUCCUCGACGCCUGCGGGCGCGAGCACCAGUGCUUCCACUCCUUCUUCGAGCCGCGGCGCCCGCAGGAGGCGCUCGACGCCGUGCUCCGCCGCCUGAGCAGCUCGUGCCACGAGGCGCUCCAGCAGGCCGUGGAGGCCUGCGGCUCGCUGGACGUGCUGCGCGAGGCGGCCGACUGCCUGCUGGCCGAGUUCCUGGAGCCCCACCAGGCGAGCGCGCAGCGCGACGGCGCGGGCGCCAGCGGCGGGGCCUUCGUGCAGCCCGUCGCGGCGCUGCAGGCGCUCCACGCGCGGGUGCAGAAGCAGCUCGUGGCUCAGGCUCGCAUCUCCCUCGCCGAGGCCAUGGGCGGCGGCUACCGCGCGAUGGGCCGCGACCUCCGCCGCCGGCCUGCCGACUCCUCGGCGGCUGGGCCAGGAGGGCCGCGGGGUUCUCGCCUCGAGGCUCUGGAUCAGGUCCUGGGCGUUCUGGCCAAGGUCCACAGGGCCCUGGACGGGCCCGCGUUCGAGGAGCUCGCCUGGGAGGCGGUCACCUCGAGCGUGGCGGCUCUGAAGGAGGCGUCCGCCGACAUCGCGCGCGCGGACGGCGAGGGCGAGCCGCCGGACCCCCAGGGCGAGCCCGGCGUCGCCGCGCGCGCCAUGGACGCGCAGCUGUUCCUGAUCAGGCAUCUGCUCGUGCUCCGUGAGCAGGUGGCUGCCUUCGAGUACGGCUCCGUGGCCUGCGGCCGCGGCGCCCCGGGCCGCGGGCCGCCCUGCCCCGCCACUCCUUGCGGGCAGGUCGAGCGGCUGCUCCGCAUCGGCAGCUCCCCGGCGAGCCUGCGGCGCUCGAUGUCUGGCAGGAACCGCCUCGUGGAGGAGGAGAUCUGCGGCGCGUGCGGGGCGCUGGUGGAGGGGCUCUGCGCGCGCAUCUGCCUGCCCCUGGCAGCUGCCACCGCGCGGCUGGCCGAGCAGGAGCCCGGCCCCGACGCCGGGGGCGAGGCGCGGGCCUCGGCGGACUCCUUCCUGGAGAACGUGCGCACCUGGGUGCCGCUGGCCGCCGCGCGCUUCCGCGCCGGCCUGGGCGAGCCGGGCGGCGAGGAGCCGGACGCCGCCGGGGCCCUCCUGGAGCCCGUCCGCGAGCGGCUGGCGGCCAGCUGGGAGCAGCUGCGGGAGGCGGCGCGGCGAGGCCCGGCCGCGGAGGCCCUGCCGGCGGCGGAGGAGCUCGAGCGCACGCUGGCCGGCCUCCUCGGAGGCGCGCCGCGCGGCGCGGCGGCCGGCGGG